AUGCACAACAACGUUGCCCAAACAUCGCAAGCAACUUCAACCAAUCAGCAGUACAACUCUUCUAUGAUAAGUAACUACCGAUACGGGCCAGCCCAACAAAGCUACAGUGCGCCGAACUCAGAGAGCCAUUACGGUCAGAAGCAGCAAUUAUCUGGUGCUUAUUCGAGUUCUGGCCUAGGGCACACUCGAAGUAGCUACUUGAGCAGCAGCACCGCUCAAACAACCCAAGCAACUCCAGUGCAGCAGCCGUACGACUCUCCAAAGAUCAGCAGCUACAGCGGAACAGCCCAACAAAGCUAUAGCGUACCGAGCUCAGAGAGCCAUUACGGUCAGCCCCAAGACUAUUCGAGUUCUAGUCAAGGGUACAUUCGUGGUAGUGACGUAAGCAGCAGCACUGUUCCAACAACCCAAGCAGGUCCAGUCCAACAGCCGUAUAACUCACCAAAGACAAGCAGCUACAGUUAUGGUACAGCCCAACGAAGUUACAGCGCAUCGAGCUCAAAGAGCCGCUACGGGCAAAAGCAGCAAUCAUCUGAUGCUUAUUCGAGUUCUGGCCUAGGGUACACUCGCAGUAGCUACCUGAGCACAACUACCGCUCAGACAACACAAGCAGCUCCAGUUCAGCAGCCGUACAACUCUCCAAAGAUACGCAGCUACAGCGGAACAGCUCAACAAAGUUACAGUGCACCGAGCUCAGAGAGCCAUUACGGUCAGAAGCAGCAAUCAUCUUAUGCUUACUCGAGCUCUGACCAAGGAUACGCAUCAAGUAGCGGCUUGAGCGGCAGCACCACUCAAACAACUCCAGCAGCUCCAGCUCAGCAGCCGUACAGCUCUGCAAGGAUAAGCAGCUACCGAUCCGGACCAGAACAACGAAGCUAUAGCGCACCGAACUCAGACAGCUCUUACGGUCAGAAGCAGCAAACAUCCAAUGUCUAUUCGAGUUCUGGUCAAGGAUACGCAUCAAAUAGCGGUUCAAGUAGUAGCAUCGCUCAAACAACCGAAGCAACCCCAGUUCAGCAACAGUAUAACUCUCUAAAGAUAAGCAGCCACCGGUACGGGCCAGCCCAACGAAGCUACAAUGCACUGAGCUCAGAGGGUCAUUACGGUCAGCCUCAAAUCUAUUCAAGUUCUAGUCGAGGGUACAUUCGUAGUAACGACGUGAGCAGCAGCACUGCUCCAACAACCCAAGCAACUUCAGUCCAACAGCCGUACAACUCUCCAAAAAUAAGCAGCUAUGGCAGAAUAGCUCAACAAAGCUAUGGUGCCCCAAGCUCAGAGAGCCCUUACGGUCACAAUCAGCAAACAUCCGAUGUUUAUUCGAGUUCUAGCAAAGGGUACACUCAAAGUAGCAACUACGUCUUGAGAUCACCUCCAGCUGAACAAGCAGCAGUUGAACAAAGUUCCACGCACACUCCGAAAGACUCCUACAAGGUCCCUUACAUAAGUUAUUCCCAACGAACUCAGGAAUAUGGACACCCUUCUGAAGCAUCUUACGCCCGAAAUACCCAAAUGCAAACCUCUCCGCCACCCUCCAAUUACAAAACUAUGAACGAGCCAUCACCCAGAGCUUAUGCCAGGCCAGCACUUUCCUCUUAUGCUCUCCCAUGA